GUCAAUUCACACCGUUUUGUGGUCCUCCUGUCCUUUCAAAUUAAGGCAAACGUUACCAGGUGUCCCAACGCUUCAGUAUGUGUCCAGCAGGUUUGCUGUGUGAGCUGCUGCCUGUCCUGACGUGGUUGCGGAGGAGGAAGUUGCCGUGCCAGUGACCAGUGAGGCCCGCUAUAGGGACCAUGCUCUAGAGGCUCACCUCCCUCUCCGAUAGCACCUGGAGGUCCGGCUUUGACCCUGUACAAUGAACAACGAGGAUAAAUUCUACGACGCCGUAACAGGCUUGGACUCUGAUGAGUCGUAUGAAGGUGCGUCGGAGGCCAGUUUUAAAGACGCGGGGGUGUACGACGACACCCAGAGGAGCAACGGCUCCACGUCACCGGAGAACGGAAUCGGGAAGCGCAGGACAACGCUACCUGCCCCAAUGUUCUCCAGGAACAACUUCAGUGUGUGGGGCAUUCUGAAGAAAUGCAUUGGACUGGAGCUGUCCAAGAUCACCAUGCCCAUCGUGUUCAACGAGCCCCUGAGCUUCCUCCAGCGGAUCACAGAGUACAUGGAGCACACAUACCUCAUCAACAAAGCUUGCUCGCUGUCUGACUCCAUAGAGCGCAUGCAGGCGGUAGCUGCUUUUGCCGUGUCGGCCGUGGCGUCGCAGUGGGACAGGACUGGAAAGCCCUUCAACCCUCUGCUAGGAGAGACCUAUGAACUAACGCGAGAGGACCAGGGCUACAGGCUGAUCUCGGAGCAGGUCAGCCACCACCCCCCUGUCAGUGCCUUCCAUGCUGAGAGCCUGGUCGGGGACUUUGUCUUCCACGGCUCUAUCUACCCCAAACUCAAGUUCUGGGGCAAGAGUGUGGAGGCUGAGCCCAAGGGAACUAUCACACUAGAGCUCCUCAAGCACGGUGAGGUCUAUACGUGGACCAACCCUUUCUGCUGUGUACACAAUGUCAUCCUGGGCAAACUGUGGAUCGAGCAGUACGGCACUGUAGAAAUCCUCAACCACAGUACUGGAGAUAAGUGUGUGCUGAACUUCAAGCCGUGUGGCAUGUUUGGAAAGGAGCUGCACAGGGUGGAGGGCUACAUUCAGGACAAGAGUAAAAAUAAGCUUUGUGUGAUCUAUGGGAAGUGGACCGAGUGCAUGUGGAGCAUGGACCCCCAGACGUACGAGUCCAACAAGAAGGCUGAGAAGAAGGCAGACUCUAAGAAACAGAAGAGUCCGGAGGAGCCUGAGGGGUUCGACAGCGACGAUGCAGACAACAUGCCUGAGGUCUUGGAGACUGUAGCUGUGAUCCCUGGCAGCACCCUGCUGUGGAGGAUAUCGUCACGACCCCAACACUCUGCUAAGAUGUAUAACUUCACUAACUUUGCCAUGUCGCUGAAUGAGCUGGAGCCUGGUAUGCAGGCCACCCUGGCCCCCACAGACUGCCGCCUGCGGCCCGACAUCAGAGCCAUGGAGAACGGAGACAUGGAUCAAGCCAGUCGAGAGAAGGCGAGGCUAGAGGAGAAACAGAGGUCGACGCAGAAAGACCGUUCCAAGGACGAGGAGGAAUGGUCCACUCGAUGGUUCCAGUCAGGUACAAACCCCUACACGUCCUCUCAGGACUGGCUCUACACAGGGGGCUACUUUGAUAGGAAAUACGCUGACCUUCCUGAUAUCUACUGAUCCUGGGGGGUUCUAUGAACACCUGCUGAACCACCCCUUCAAUCCUCCCCGCCAGUCCCCUGGCACGCCCCUGUUCUAAGCACCACACGGUCUCCCGUUGGAACUCUGAAGCGCCGAUAGCCUCUCCUUGUACAACACAUGCGUCUGUGUUAGCACAACCCUCCCCUCCCCAGUCAGUGAUGAAAGGGAACAGUCAACGGUGAAAUCAGGGAUGUGAAUGCUCCUUUGACUGAUAACUGGUUUGGAGAUUCUUUGGGACAUGUUGGUGGCAGCACAAGCGGAAGCAGACAUGAACAGAGACUGUGAGUCUGGAGGAGACUAGUUCUUGAACAGGAGUGCAUUGUGGGUACCCCUCCCUCCUCCCUAUCAGACCUGGGUUGAAUACCUAUUUCAAAUAUUCAAAAUACUUGAGCUUGAUUUAAAUUGAUUGGCAUGUGGAGUUUGCACUUUUGGAAUUAUUCCAUUGGUUCCAUUGCGCCUGUCAAGCUAAACAAAGCACACCUGGAGUAUUCCGCCCAGGUCUGGCUGUCCCCUAUAUACGUCCAGAGGGCAAGCUUCUCAUCACUGUAAUGUAACCUGUAUGUAUAGAGAAGAAGAAUGAUCAUAUGACCAUAUCGGCUAAUCACACACAUCUAGCCACAUUGGCCACUGCUCAGUCUGUGAAUACAGCCCCUGAUUCAGGCAGUCGGCUAGUAAUUCCCCCAUCACAAAAUAUUCCUUUUGUUACUCUUCUGCAUGGCUUUUGGCUAGCUAGCUAACAGUGUUAGCGACCCCUGGCUCUGUGGCGGUGGACCUACCGUACGAUCGGCCCGGCUGCCGUUGUUUACCUAGUCAGUCAAUUUAGAGUGUUCUCGUAAUCAUCAGUAAGACAAUAACAAUGAGCGUUAAUAAGAUUAUAAGAAGAGUAUAAUGGGUACCAGAGGAGGCUGGUGGGAGGAGCUAUAGGAGGAAGAGCUCAUUGUAAUGGCUGGACUGGAAUUAAUGGAACGGUAUCAAACGCGUCGAGCAUAUGGAAAUCACGUUUGACUCCAUUCCAGACAUUACAAUGGGCCCGUUCUCCUAUAGCUCCUCCCACUAGCCUCCACUAGAGUGCGCGUGCGUGUGUGGCUCUGCGUGUGUGAGUGUGUAUGAAUGACUGUAGUGAUUUGUACAGAAUCUUAAGCCAUAUGGUUCCUUUUAACUACAGGUAUAACUGGCAAGGGUGGUUUGCUGUGCAGUCAUUGGCUAUGAAUAAAUGAAUUGAUAAUUGUUACCUCAAGAACUAAAUACUAGUUAUCGCCAGAGCAUGAUAAAGCCUUUUUCAUGUAAGAUAUACAUGUAUGUAAAUACCUACUUUUAUAAAUAUAGCUAGCCAAUCGUCAUAAUAGUGUCCAAACAGGUCAAAGUGAAUUUGGAAUUGAAUGGAAUUAUAGCCGAUAUGAAGUAGAAGUCAUUGUGUAAUAUUACCAGCUUCCCUUGUAAGCAUAUUGUUGCCUUCGUGUUAGGAACUCUUUGUGGCUUUAAACCACACACUCUCACGUCACCAAUCUCUUUCACAAUGACCAGCCAUUAUGUGUAAGUUCUUAUUUAUAAGAGACUUUUUUUUUUUACAGAAAUAGUCGCACUCAUGCAAUAUACGAUA